AUGGCAAAGUGCAAGAAGACGAUGCAUGACAACUAUGCUGUUUAUGUCGACAGAGUAGUCAAGAAGUAUGGCCAAAAAGAAAUUUUGUCAGGAAUAUCCAUGAAAGUGGAGAGGGGAGUUAUAUACGGCUUAUUAGGUUCAAGUGGAUGUGGAAAGACAACCUUGCUCAACAGUAUUGUUGGUCGCAAUAAAAUCGAUGGGGGUGAAGUAUGGGUCCUAGGAGGAAAACCAGGGGAACCUGGCAGCGGUAUACCAGGCCCAAGGGUGGGUUACAUGCCUCAAAUAGCCUUGAUGCGAGAUGGAAUUCUUUUAACUGAAGAAUCUCCAACACGAUUGCUUACUUUGUUCAACAGCGAGACACUGGAAGAAGUUUUUCUGCAGCUGAGCAAACAACAAGAAGAAGGAAGACUAACAGGACUACCUGAACUAAUCGAAGACGCGCAGAAUGGUCAACAAAAUUUUGAUAUCUUGAGCAAUACAUCUAUAAAUGAAAUUGUUCGUGAAUCUACAGAAGUAUUAACAAAAAAGGCAAUUCUCAAAACCAAAGGGGCAUUAAGCAGAAGUAGAAUGAAAGCCUUGUUGGAUAAAAAUUGGAAGCAGUUUUACCGAAAUGUUACGGGUGUUUUAUUUUUACUAACUUUUCCAAUACUAGAAGUGAUUAUAUUCAUGGGUGUGGUUGGAGGAGACGCAUUAGAUACACCACUAGGCAUUGUCAACAACGAAGCAAUGACGAUCACUUGCCCUAAUUUCUCUAAAAAUGGAACUGCUUUUGUUGCAGCAGACAGAUCGUGUCACUUUAAGAAUUUAAGCUGUAGAUUUUUGGCGUAUUUGGAUGAUCCAAUGAUUAAGAAGAUUCAGUACAAUAGUUUGGAGAAAGCCAAGGAUGCUGUAGUACAUGGACAGAUUGUUGGUGCUAUGUAUAUGGAUUUCAAUUUUACGUCUAAUUUAAAAGAGAGAAUAGAAAAUGGAAGGGAUGCUGAUAGUGAAACUAUUUCGUUAAGUGAGAUAAAAGUGUGGAUGGAUAUGUCUAGUAAGACUAUGUUCUUUAUGGGAUCAAUGAUGACUUCUCAAAUAAUAAUAACAGAUCGACAUGAUGGAGUUUGGGAUAGAUCUAUCGUUGCAGGAGUAACUUCCCUAGAGAUAACUUUGACCCAUAUAGUCCUACAAGCUUCCGUUUGUGUUAUACAAGCUGCAGAAGCCUUAUUUGUAGCGUAUCUAUAUUACAAACAUGCAUUUAUGGGCAACUUGGUUUUGAUGUACGCUUUAAUAUAUUUGUCAGGGAUUUGUGGAAUAUCUUAUGGAUUUUGGAUCUCGGUAGUAAGCGUUAACCAUUUAGUAGCCAAUUUGGUAAUUACUGGGAUGUUUUUCCCCAUGAUGUCAUUAUGUGGUUUGAUGUGGCCUAUUGAAGGAAUGCCCCCGGCAUUAAGAUUCAUUUCCAAAUGUACGCCAGUAACAAUACCAAUAGAAUCAUUUAGAAACGUUUUCAAAAAGGGUUGGUCUUUAGAGAACUUCGAGGUGUAUAAUGGAGUUUGUGUUGCGUUGAUUUGGACAUAUGGAUUAUUGGGUGCAAGUGGCUGUGGAAAAACUACAUUGCUAAAAGCAGUAGUUGGUACUUCUAAGAUAGAUAGCGGAGAAAUCAAUGUAUUAGGACAAUUAAUCAGCGAAGGAAAUAGUGAAUUUCCAGUUGCAAAACUUGGUUACAUGCCACAGGUAAGAGAAUUAUUUAAUAUUAUUGAAUAA